AUGGUCCUGGGGGAUCCCGAGCAUGCCCGCCUCCUAGACCAGGAGGUGGAUCGGCUACUCAGCCUCGGGGCGGUGGAAUGCGUCCCGACACAGUUCCAAGGCAAGGGGUUUUACUCCCAUAACUUCCUGAUCCCCAAGGCGAAAGGUGUUCUCAGACCCAUCCUGGACCUGCGCAACCUGAACAGGUUCCUAACUUGUUCCAAGUUCUGCAUGGUGUCCCUGGCUUCUAUUAUCCCCUGCCUAGACCCGGGUGGACUGGUACGCUGCCCUGGAUCUCCAGUACGCUUAUUUCCACGUCCACAUUUUCGAGGGGCACAGACGCUUCCUCAGAUUCGUGGUGGGGACGGGGCACUACCAGUUUACGGUCUUCCUCUUUGGCCUGUACACAGCCCCCAAGUGAUAGCCAGUUUUCGAGGAACAGUCCCACAUGGCUUAUCAUUGGAGAUUGGAGACACAGUUCAAAUACUAGAGAAAUGUGAUGGCUGGUACAGAGGAUUUGCCUUAAAAAACCCAAAUAUCAAGGGUAUAUUUCCAUCCAACUAUAUCCACUUGAAAAAUGCAUAUGUUAAGAACAAAGGGCAGUUUGAAAUGGUUAUUCCAACAGAAGACUCCGUUAUCACAGAGAUGACAUCAACUUUAAGAGACUGGGGGACCAUGUGGAAACAACUUUAUGUGAGAAAUGAAGGGGAUCUUUUUCAUCGACUAUGGCACAUAAUGAAUGAAAUCCUGGACCUGAGAAGGCAGGUGCUUGUUGGCCAUCUCACCCAUGACCGGAUGAAGGAUGUAAAACGGCAUAUCACUGCUCGCCUGGAUUGGGGCAAUGAGCAACUGGGGCUAGACUUGGUUCCAAGAAAAGAAUAUGGUAUGGUGGAUCCUGACGAGAUCAGUAUUACAGAACUCUAUAGGCUGAUGGAGCAUCGUCAUCGAAAGAAAGACACUCCUAUCCCAGCAAGCAGCCACCAUCUUUUUGUGCAGAUGAAGAGUCUGAUGUGCUCCAAUCUGGGAGAGGAACUGGAAGUCAUCUUCUCACUGUUCGAUAGUAAAGAGAAUCGACCAAUCAGCGAGAGGUUUUUUUUAAGACUGAAUAGGAAUGGUUUGCCAAAAUGUCCAGAGAAGCCAGAAAGACAUUGUUCUCUCUUUGUGGAUUUGAGUAGCAGUGAACUCAGGAAGGACAUCUACAUCACUGUGCACAUUAUCCGCAUAGGCCGAAUGGGAGCUGGAGAAAAGAAAAAUGCUUGCAACGUACAGUACCGACGGCCCUUUGGCUGUGCAGUCCUCAGCAUUGCAGAUCUACUGGCAGGAGACUCAAAGGAUGACCUUAUCUUAAAAGUAUACAUGUGCAACACCGAGAGUGAUUGGUAUCAGAUCCAUGAAAACAUCAUCAAAAAGCUAAAUGUUCGUUACAACUUGACAGGUUCCAAUGCUGGUCUGGCAGUUUCUCUUCAACUGUUUCAUGGAGACAUUGAACAAAUUAGGAGAGAUUACACAUCCAUGUUUACUCAUGGGGUAUCAAUAACAAGGAAGCUGGGUUUUUCCAAUAUUAUCAUGCCUGGCGAAAUGAGGAAUGAUUUAUACAUCACUAUAGAAAGAGGAGAAUUUGAAAAAGGAGGAAAAAGUGUGGCCAGAAACGUGGAAGUGAUGAUGCACAUUGUGGACAGUGGUGGCCAAGUUUUAAAGGAUUUUAUCUCCUUUGGCUCUGGAGAGCCGCCAGCUAGCAAGUUCCAUUCCUUUGUGCUUUAUCACAACAACAGUCCCAGAUGGGCUGAGCUGCUGAAACUUCCUAUUCCUGUGGAUAAAUUCAGGGGAGCACACAUCCGCUUUGAAUUUCGGCAUUGUUCUACAAAAGAAAAGGGCGAGAAGAAGUUGUUUGGCUUUUCUUUCGUGCCCCUGAUGCAGGAAAAUGGGAGGACAUUGCCAGAUGGCACUCAUGAACUCAUUGUGCACAAGUGUGAAGAAAACACAAACCUUCAGGAUUCUAGUCGCUACCUCAAACUCCCCUUUUCAAAGGGAAUUCUCCUAGGGAAUAACCACCAAGCAAUAAAAACCACUAAAGAGUCUUUCUGGAUUACGUCUUUUCUCUGCUCCACUAAACUCACGCAAAAUGGGGAUAUGCUUGAUCUUCUUAAGUGGAGAGCCCACCCGGACAAAAUUGCAGGCUGCCUCACAAAACUAAAAGAAAUCGAUGGUUCAGAAAUAGUAAAGUUUCUUCAGGACACACUGGAUACUUUAUUUGGCAUUUUAGAUGAAAAUUCCCAAAAAUAUGGGUCAAAAGUAUUUGAUUCUUUGGUUCACAUAAUAAAUUUGCUGCAGGACAGCAAGUUUCAUCAUUUUAAGCCAGUAAUGGACACUUACAUUGAAAGUCAUUUUGCAGGUGCACUUGCAUACAGAGAUCUUAUAAAAGUACUUAAGUGGCAUGUUGAUCGAGUAACAGACAUGGAGAUACAAGAGCAUAUCCAUGAAGUGUUAAAGGCACAAGAAUAUAUCUUUAAAUAUAUAGUUCAGUCUCGGAGGUUGUUCUCGCUUGCCACUGGUGGACAAAAUGAGGAGGAAUUCCGCUGCUGUAUUCAAGAGUUGCUUAUGUCAAUACGAUUUUUCCUUUCCCAAGAGAGCAAAGGGGCUAGCGCUUUAUCUCAAUCACAAGCUGUGUUUCUCUGCUCCUUCCCAGCUGUAUACUCUGAGCUGCUGAAGCUCUUCGAUGUGCGAGAGGUGGCAAACUUGGUGCAUGAUACUCUAGGCAGCUUGCCAACCAUCAUGCAUGUGGAUGAAUCCCUUCAAGCUGUUAAACUGCAGUGCAUUGGUAAAACAGUGGAAAGUCAACUAUACACUAAUCCAGAUUCCAGAUAUAUUCUUCUUCCAGUAGUUUUACAUCACCUCCACAUGCAUUUACAAGAGCAGAAGGAUCUUACAAUGUGUGCACGUAUCCUUAGCAACAUAUUUUGUUUCAUAAAGAAAAAUAGCUCAGAAAAAUCCGUCUUGGAAGAAAUAGAUGUGAUUGUGAACAGCCUGCUAGAUAUACUGUUGAGAACCAUAUUAGAGAUCACAAGCAGACCUCAGCCAUCAGGGUCUGCGAUGCGCCUGCAGUUUCAAGACGUGACUGGGGAAUUUGUUUCCUGUCUCUUGUCACUAUUACGACAAAUGACAGACCGACAUUACCAGCAACUUCUUGAUAGAUUCAACACAAAGGAUGAGCUGAGAGAUUUCCUGCUGCAAAUUUUUACUGUGUUUCGAAUACUCAUACGACCUGAGAUGUUUCCAAAAGACUGGACUGUGAUGCGUUUGGUUGCUAACAAUGUUAUUAUUACAACAGUCCUGUAUCUUUCGGAUGCCCUUCGUAAGAACUUCCUAAAUGAAAACUUUGAUUAUAAGAUCUGGGAUUCCUACUUUUACCUUGCUGUCAUUUUUAUAAACCAAUUGUGUCUGCAACUGGAGAUGUUCACACCUUCCAAGAAGAAAAAGGUGUUGGAAAAAUAUGGUGACAUGCGGGUAACGAUGGGAUGUGAAAUCUUCAGCAUGUGGCAAAAUUUAGGGGAACAUAAACUUCACUUCAUCCCAGCUCUCAUUGGCCCCUUCUUAGAAGUGACACUGAUACCUCAGCCUGACCUGCGGAAUGUAAUGAUUCCCAUUUUCCAUGACAUGAUGGAUUGGGAACAAAGGCGCAGUGGCAACUUCAAACAGGUGGAGGCAAAACUGAUUGACAAAUUGGAUAGCUUGAUGUCCGAAGGCAAAGGUGACGAAACGUACCGAGAGCUCUUCAACAGCAUAAUUCCACUCUUUGGUCCCUAUCCUAGCCUCCUGAAGAAAAUUGAGCGGGAAACGUGGAGAGAAAGUGGUGUUUCAUUAAUCGCCACUGUAACUCGACUAAUGGAAAGGUUACUGGACUACAGGGACUGCAUGAAAAUAGGAGAAGUGGAUGGUAAAAAGAUUGGCUGCACUGUUAGCCUGUUGAACUUUUAUAAGACCGAACUGAAUAAGGAGGAGAUGUAUAUUCGCUAUAUCCAUAAGCUAUACGACCUGCAUCUGAAGGCACAAAACUUUACAGAGGCUGCCUACACACUAUUGCUGUACGAUGAGCUAUUAGAAUGGUCUGACCGGCCAUUGAGAGAAUUUCUAAACUAUCCCAUGCAAACAGAGUGGCAGCGCAAAGAGUAUCUUCACCUUACAAUCAUCCAGAACUUUGACCGGGGAAAGUGUUGGGAGAAUGGCAUCAUCUUAUGCAGGAAGAUUGCAGAGCAGUACGAGAGCUAUUAUGACUACAGAAAUCUCAGCAAGAUGAGGAUGAUGGAAGCUUCUUUGUAUGAUAAAAUCAUGGAUCAACAACGUUUGGAGCCAGAGUUUUUCAGAGUUGGAUUUUAUGGGAAAAAGUUUCCAUUUUUCUUGAGAAAUAAGGAGUUUGUUUGCCGAGGACAUGACUAUGAGAGAUUGGAGGCUUUCCAGCAGCGAAUGUUGAAUGAGUUCCCACAUGCCAUUGCUAUGCAACAUGCCAAUCAGCCAGAUGAGACGAUCUUUCAGGCAGAAGCACAGUAUCUGCAGAUCUAUGCAGUGGCACCAAUUCCUGAAAGCCAGGAGGUCCUGCAGAGAGAGGGCAUCCCAGAUAACAUCAAGAGUUUUUAUAAAGUGAAUCACAUCUGGAGAUUCCGAUAUGACAGGCCAUUCCACAAAGGGACCAAAGACAAGGAGAAUGAAUUCAAGAGUCUGUGGGUGGAAAGAACAACAUUGAUCUUAGUGCAGAGUUUGCCUGGGAUAUCCCGCUGGUUCGAAGUGGAAAAACGUGAAGUAGUGGAAAUGAGUCCCCUCGAGAAUGCUAUUGAAGUGCUGGAAAAUAAGAACCAGCAGCUGAGAACUCUGAUUAGUCAGUGUCAGACCCGACAGAUGCAGAAUAUAAACCCACUCACAAUGUGUCUGAAUGGGGUCAUAGAUGCAGCAGUUAAUGGUGGAGUUGCUCGGUACCAAGAGGCAUUCUUUGUGAAGGAAUAUAUCUUGAACCACCCAGAGGAUGGGGAGAAGAUCACACGCUUGAGAGAGCUGAUGCUUGAGCAGGCCCAGAUUCUAGAAUUCGGAUUAGCUGUACAUGAGAAGUUUGUGCCUCAGGAUAUGAGACCUUUACACAAAAAGCUAGUAGAUCAGUUCUUUGUGAUGAAGUCAAGUUUGGGAAUACAGGAAUUCUCUGCAUGUGUGCAAGCUAGUCCUGUUCACUUCCCUAAUGGAAGCCCUCGUGUAUGUAGAAAUUCAGCGCCUGCUUCUAUGAGCCCAGAUGGUGCCAGGGUAAUUCCUAGACGCAGUCCAUUAAGUUACCCAGCCGUAAACAGAUAUUCAUCCUCGUCAUUGUCAUCACAAGCCUCUGCUGAAGUCAGCAAUAUCACUGGGCAAUCAGAAAGCUCCGACGAAGUUUUCAACAUGCAGCCAAGUCCAUCUACCUCAAGCUUGAGUUCUACUCAUUCCGCUUCACCUAAUGUGACCAGCUCUGCUCCAUCCAGUGCCAGAGCUUCUCCUUUGUUGUCUGACAAACAUAAGCAUUCCAGAGAAAAUUCUUGCCUGUCCCCAAGAGAAAGGCCAUGCAGUGCCAUUUACCCGAUUCCUGCAGAACCUUCACAGCCUGUAAACUCUUGCUUUGCCAAGUGGAAUGCGGCCUCCAUUCCCCGUUGUACCAGAGAUUCACCAAGAGAGCGUGAGGAGCCGCUAGGCCCAAUCUCCACUCUCCCAGAGGCUCACCUGACAGGAAAAUCUCCCAAUCUAUCUCUACCCUCAGUGUCCCCAGACAGGAGAAUGCUGUUUAAUCAUAUCGGAGAUGGUGCUUUGCCCCGAAGUGAUCCUUACCUGUCUGGCCCUGAGAAAGCUGUAAACACCACCCCCAGCAGUUGGAGUCUGGACAGUGGAAAAGAAGCCAGGAACAUGUCAGAAAGUGGAAAGCUUAUGUCUCCCCCUGUGCCACCAAGACCCACACAAACUGCUUCACCGGCAAGGCAUGUAGCUUCAGUUUCCCCUUCUCCUGCUGGCAGAUCUCCAAUGAAGGGAUCCAUGCAAUCAUUUACCCCAUCUCCAGUGGAAUGUCAUUCCUCGGGCCUCAUAUCCAACUCCCCAGUCUUGUCAGGAAGUUACAGCAGUGGAAUCUCUUCACUUAGCCGAUGUAGCACAUCAGAAACUUCUGGCUUUGAAAGUCAAGGGAUUGAACAAACUAUUCCAAAUUACAGUGUUUCUGAGGAGCCGAUGAGAAAAGAAAGUAAAACUCCGCCACCUUACAGCGUUUAUGAACGAACUUUGAGACGGCCUGUUCCGCUACCUCACAGCCUCUCCAUCCCUGUCACUUCAGAUCCACCAGCACUGCCACCCAAACCCCUGCUGGCGCGGCCAAACAAUCUGGAAAACAGUAGCCGGAGGACUGAACAGGUUCCUCGGCCCAGGCCUCUUCCUCGGAAAGUGUCUCAGUUAUAA